AUGAACCAUCCUCUCCAGCCAUCCUCUCUGUCUAUCCUCUCCAGCCAUCCUCCAGCCAUCCACUCCAGCAAUCAUCUUCAGAUAUCCUCUCCAGCCAUCCACUCUAGCCCCCUCCUCUCCAUCAAUCAUCUCCAGCCAUCCUCUAUAGCCGUCCUCUCUAACAAUCCACCCCAGCCAUCCUCCAUGAAUCAUCUUCAGACAUCCUCUCCAACCAUCCUUUUUUGCCUUCUUCUCCAGCCAUCCUCUCCAGCAAUCCCUAUCCUCUCCCUGAAUCAUCUCCAGCUAUCCUCUCCAGCGAUCCUCUCCAGCCGUCCUCUCCAUCAAUCUUCUCCAGCCAUCCUCCCAAUCAAUCCUCUCCAGCAAUCGUCUCCAGUUAUCCUCGUACUAUCGUCUUCAGCCAUCUUCUCCGGCUCUCCUCUCCAGCUAUCCCCAACAUCCAUCCUCUCCAGCCAUCCUCCAGACAUCCUCUCCAUCAAUGCUCUCCAGCUAUCUUCUCCAGCCAUCAGCAGCCAUCCUCUAGACCAAUCCAUCCUUCUCAGCCAUCCUCUCCAGCUAUUCUCUCCAGCUAUCUUCUCCAGCCAUCCCCUCCAGCCUUCCUUUCCAGCCAUCAUCUCCAGCUAUCCUCUCCAGCCAUCCUCUCCAUCAAUCCUCACCAAGAAUCCAGCCAUCCUCUCCAUCUUCUCCUUCUUUCAUCUCCAGUCAUCCUCUCCCUCUAUCCUCUCCAGUCACCAUCUCCAGUCAUCCUCUAGCGAUCCUCUCCAGGCAUCCUCUUCAGUCAUCCUCACCAUCUAUCCUCCUCAGCCAUCCUCUCCAGCUAUCCUCUCCAUCAAUCAUAUCCAGCCAUCUUCUCCAUCAAUCAUCUUCAGCCAUCCUGUCCAACCAUCCACUCCAGCCAUCUUCUUCAGGUAUCCUCUCCAGCCUUUCUUUCCAGCCAUCCUCUCCAUCAAUCCUCACCAUGAAUCAUCACCAGCCAUCCUCUCCAGUCCCCUCUUCUGCUUUCCUCUCCAGCCAUCAUCUCCUGCUAUCCUCUCCAGCUACCCUCUCCAUGAAUCAUCUCCCGCCAUCCUCUCCUGCCAUCCUCUCUAUUUAUCCUCUCCACCCAUCCCCUGUAGCUAUUCUCUCCAGCCAUACUCUCCAGCCUUUCGUUCCAGCCAUCUUCUCUAG